CCGUAGCAAAGAAAGACUAGUGCACUGCAUUCCUUCGUUUACCAUGCUUUCCUGAGAAAACAAAAAGUCCAAUUGCAAAAUAUUUUCGGUCCUCCAGGGAAAUAAAAAUUAAGAAAAAGACAUGUCGGAGGCGUUGAUCAAUGGAUUGGCUGGAGCUGGAGGAGGGAUCAUUGCUCAGCUCAUCACAUACCCACUUCAAACUGUAAACACUCGUCAACAAACCGAGCGUGAUCCGAACAAAGACAAGAGGAGUCAGGGAACCCUCGAACGAAUGUGUCAGGUUGUAAAAGACGAGGGUUGGGAACGGUUGUAUGGAGGCUUGAUGCCAUCGCUAGUAGGCACAGCUGCGUCUCAGGGUGUUUACUAUUAUUUCUAUCAAAUAUUCAGGAACAAAGCUGAAGCAGCUGCACUACAACAGAAGAAAAUGGGCAUUGGCGAUGGAUCGGUUGGAAUGCUCUCCUCACUUCUUGUUGCUGCUUUAUCUGGGUGUGUUAAUGUGCUCUUGACAAAUCCAAUAUGGGUAGUUGUUACUCGUAUGCAGACACAUAGAAAAGACUUAAAUGGAACUCCAUCCAGUCAGGGAUUGUUAGUUGUCCCUGAGCAACCAAUUAUUUCUGCAGUUGAGCCUCUUCCUUAUGGUACUAGCCAUGUGAUUCAGGAAAUCUACGAUGAAGCUGGAAUAUGGGGUUUCUGGAAAGGUGUAUUACCAACAUUGAUCAUGGUAAGCAAUCCUUCCAUACAAUUCAUGCUGUAUGAAGCCAUGUUGGCAAAAUUAAGAAAAAGACGUGAUUCGAGUAAGAAGGGUAGCAAUGGGGUAACUGCUUUAGAGAUAUUUCUUCUUGGAGCUUUAGCUAAGCUUGGAGCUACUGUUGUAACCUAUCCACUCCUCGUUGUAAAGGCAAGGCUCCAAGCUAGGCAAGAUAAAAGUGGAGACAGGAGGCACCAUUAUAAAGGUACGUGGGAUGCUAUUAUUAAGAUGAUCCGCUAUGAAGGAUUUUAUGGAUUUUACAAAGGUAUGGGCACAAAAAUUGUACAAAGUGUGCUGGCUGCAGCUGUUUUAUUCAUGAUGAAGGAAGAACUAGUGAAGGGGGUUCAUUUCUUGCUUGCCAAGGAUGCCACCAAAGCUGCAAAGCCUAAGCAUCCAUGAUUGGAGAUCACUAACUUGAGUUUUCUAUUAAUAUUUCAUGAACCAUCUUCAGUUGGAAAACUGUUUCAAAUGUUAGGGGAACUAUAUUGACACACACAAGAUAUUAAAACAUGCUGUAACUUGAUUAUUUCAUCAGGCUAGUUUCCGUGGAAGAAAUACAUUACCAAAAAUUACAUGCUGGAUUCAUGGUUUGUUUCAUGAACAAAAACACCACUGAAACAAAUAUUUUUUUAUGAAUGAGCCAUUUGAUUUCAUUGGCAGCUGAGGUCAUCG